GGAGAAAAGAAAAAAAAGAAAAGAAAAGAAAAACUAAAAAAAUGAGUUUUUUAUAUAAAUAUUAUUUUUUACAGUCUUCCCUCUGCUAAAGUUUUAUUCACAAAAAAGAAAAAAGCAAAAAAAAAAAACCUCAGUCAUCACUUUCUCUCUUUCUCUCUCUGAGAAAAAAAAAAAACCGAAAACCCUAAGUUUCUCUCUAUCGAGUAAAUCCCCUUCUUCUCUCGCUGAAUCUGCUUGUCGUCUUCACGAUUUGUGGUUUUCGCGUGAGUUUCUAGGGUUUCAAUGGUGUGAAAUCGAGGCAUUAGGCUCAGAUAUUAAAGGAUCUGUUUCUGUAUAUUUAGGUACAUAAAACAUUUUUUGUUCAUAACAGAGAAAGAGAAACUAUGGCGGCAUCUGAUAAAGAGCUGGAGCUGCAGUUAAUGGAGGCUGGGAACAGGCUUGUUGAUCCUCCUUCGUCAGUUGAUGAGCUUAUCCAUCUCCUCGACCAAGUUGAGAAUUGUCUUAUAAGGGUGGAACAGUCACCUAGCCAAUCAAUGCAAAAUGCACUCUCUCCAUCACUCAAAGCAUUGGUUGCAGAGCAGCUUUUUAGACAUCCUGAUGAUGAUGUGAAAGUUGCAGUUGCUUCUUGCGUCAGUGAGAUAACAAGGAUAACUGCACCAGAUGCUCCUUAUGAAGAUGACCAAAUGAAGGAGGUCUUUCAACUGAUUGUGUCAUCGUUUGAAAAUCUAUCUGACAAAUCCAGCCGCUCAUUCAUUAAGAGGACCUCAAUUCUUGAAACUGUCGCGAAAGUAAGAUCAUGUGUGGUGAUGUUGGAUCUUGAAUGCGAUGCUCUUAUCAUUGAGAUGUUCCAGCAUUUCCUUAAGGCAAUAAGGGAUUAUCAUGCAGAGGCUGUCUUUACAUCUAUGGUGACUAUUAUGACCCUUGUAUUGGAAGAAAGCGAAGACAUCUCUACGGAGCUGCUCUCCCCAGUCUUAGCUUGUGUAAAGAAGGAUAAUGAGGAAGUUCUUCCUGUUGCUCGGAGGUUGGCAGAGAGAGUGCUUGAAAGCUGUGCAUCAAAGCUGAAACCUUACCUAACUCAAGCUGUGGAGAACUUAGGCAUUUCUUUUGAUGAUUAUAGUAGUGUAGUUUCUUCUAUAUGCCAAGCGACACCUGUUGCUGUGGAGCAGAAUGAUGCUGCCACUGAUAAACAUGUGGAUGGUGAGAGCAAACCAGCAGAAGCACCUUUGGAUGAGGCAGCCCAGGAGGAUAAAGAGACACCUAAAGAAGCAGGUUCAACUGAACAAGUUGAUGUUGCAAAUGACAAAUCUCCCAAGUCAGUUGUUAGCAAUGGCAUUGUGCAAACUGCUGAAGAUGACUCAUUGGCUGAUUCGAACUCCUUAAAGAAGCAAGAGGUUGACCAUCUUGCUGAUAAGUCCAAAAAUGCUGAUAUAUCAAGUGUUGCUGAACCUGAUAGAUUGGAAGCUGAGAAAGUUGUCAAUUCAGAUUCCAAGUCAGAGCAAAGUACACAGGAAAAAGGGAGUAAAUCUGACUUGAAAUCAACAGAACCUUCUGACAGCUCUCAUGUUGAUGAGAAGGAACCCGAAACUUUAACAGACCAUAAAAAUGAAGUCAAGGAUGACGCUGGUUCACAUCAUGAUGAUCCAUCUGUUGAUGGGGCUGUAUCCUCAGAAAAUAAGAGAGAGACAAGUGUUCAGCCUUCCUCACCAAAAGCAGCUGAGAAUGAAUCAACUGAUGUUGCCUCCCCAACACCAAGUGGGACUAUACCUGAUGAGAGUCAUUCCAAAAAGGCUGCACAGCCAAAAAAGAAAGAGAGCUUGAACAAGGAGACCACACCUUCUGUUGAUGAUGUCUCUAAGAAGGCAUCUGAAGGGACAAGUGAUUCAGAAGCAAAAACAAACAAACGUUCAGGGAAAAAGGUUUCUACUGUGGUUUCCAAUGAGGAUAAUGCUCCAGCUGAUGUAGAUGAAACUAAGACAGAAAGUGGCACCGCAAGUGAUUCAGAGGCAAAAUCACUGAAGCAGUUGUCAAAGAAGGUAGAUGCUAACAGUAAUGCAGAUGGAUCGUCUUUAAAGCAACUGGAGGAUAAGAAAAGGCGAGCUCGGAGGAAACUUGUUUCCGAGAAGGAUGGAACCAAAACUUCAACCAAGAAUGAUGAUGAGGAAAAGGUUGCUUCUCAAAAGUCAGUCAAGCCUAACAAAGAUGAUUCUCUCAUGGAGGAGACCCCUAAGACAAAUUCCAAGAGAAAGCAUACUCCAAGUAAAGACAAAGCAUCUGGUUCUAUAGAAUAUGAUGAGAACCUGGUGGGCUCAAAGGUGAAGGUCUGGUGGCCCAAAGACCGUGCAUUCUAUGAAGGAAUUAUUCAUUCAUUUGAUUCGGUUAAAAAGAAGCACAAGGUGCUCUAUAAUGAUGGUGAUCAAGAAAUUUUAAAUCUUAAAAGAGAAAAGUGGGAGUUCAUUGAAGAUGAGUCUGGGUCAGAUGAGGAAGAAGCAGCUGAUCAUCCAAGUCCUGAUGGUUCAUCUGAAAUGCCUCAAAAGAAGAAAGCGAAAUCAUCUGAUCAGCCAACCAAGAAAAUUAAGAUGGAUGAUUCAACAAAAAGGGUUGGAGGAGCUUCUUCUGGAAAACCAAAGGGUGCUGCCGCAAAAUCUGGUCGCAAAAUGAAGGAAGAGAGUAAAGUGGAUGGCAAAUCCAAAGAUGGCUCCAAGAGUGUCAGUAAACCAGAGAAUGACAAUGCCAAAGCCAAGGAUCAAACCCCCAAAAGCUUUAGUAAAUCAGGUGACCUUGUUUUAAAAUUAGGAAACAAAUCCAAGAAAGAGGACAGUGGUGACACACCCAAGUCUACCAAAUCCAAGGAUGAUGGCGGUGUUACACCAAAAGCUUCAACCAAGUCAAAGCCGGACUCUUCAAAGGCAACCAAGUCCAAGCAAGAAACCCCCAAGAUUUCCUCCAGUUCUAAGGGUAAGCCUCUGAAAAGCGGUGGCAAAUCUAAUAAUGCUAAUGGUACUGGGAAGUCAAAAUCUGGUUCAUCAAAGGUGAAGGAAAGUGAGAGCCUGAAGGAGAACUCAACCGAUUCAGCUAAGGUGUUGGAAAGUGCAAAGCGUAAAGUGCCAAGUUCGUCCAAGGCACAGGGAAGCGACUCCAAGUCUGGAAAAAAGCAGCGGCGAAGAUGAGCUACAAAGUCACCUCAACCUGCAUUGUCCUUUGUGCAAAAUGUGGAGCUUGGCAUAAUCUUUAAUAUUUGUUGCAGCCUUCUUAGAUGUUCACAGGUGCUGCGUUCCCAUCUAGCCAUGCAUUUGGUAGUUGUUAGGUUUAUGGCUAGCAAAUAUUCAACAGUUACUGUAGUCUAUAGUGCUUUUAGGCCUUUUCCCGUUAUUUAAGGUGCAGCAGUAGGAUUACAUUGGGUUAGCCUUUUUGCCCUAACUAAGAAGAGUUGCGUCUAUAGAUAAUGUAAUAGAUUUACAAACUUUGUCGCAGCAGUGGUGGCUUAUCUCCUGUUCAAUCCCGUCGUGUAUAUUUUAGUUUCCA